AUGCCUGCUGUGUUCGAUAGGUGGGAGUCACCAUAUGGGAAGCCCAUGUGGAGUGCGACGGACGUUGAGGGUGUAUUGGAACUUGGGCAUCGCAGGGGUGAUAAUGAUAUGUUUAAUGAUCAGGCAACAGGAGAGGAUUUGGGGCUCGCUUCGAGGAUACUGUGUUUUCGAUAUUUAUUGGCGACAUAUGACGACUAUAGGGUGGUUGAUUCUGGGAGCGAUGACUUGGCGAGGGUGGCCGGGGAGCUUUGGGAUCAGAUACGUAAACAUCCCCGGGGGGAUAGUCGGGUUAUUACCACCCUUGUGUGUCCUGGGGAGUUUCUGAUGGCUCCGGCGCGGGAUUGGAGAGGGAAGGGGUUGGAGUUUUAUAAAAAGCAGUGGGAUAAGAUGGAUCUCAAAUCACAAGUGAAGCUGGUGGAGAACACGUCCAAGUCGAUGAACUCGUUUCUCAAGUCGUCGAAGCGCAGCGAGGACGAGGUUGGCGGAACAUUACAGCAACGACCUUGGACAAUCGAACAUUGGAUGGAGAUGUUGAGUCACGUACGGAGGGUCCAUCAGUUACCUAUCCAAUAUUUCAAGUCGAUUCCGGGUACUUUUCCGAUACCGUCGAACGAGCUCAAGAGAACCUUGGAUUGCUCUGGAACGUCGGAAUCCACUCUUGUCGCCUUAUUGGAUACGUACGAGGAGUGUUGGAACGGCGCCCACCGGUUUGUUAAACAAAGGGUGGUUUGUGCAGUUUCUGAUCAUAUACACCGGGUCUUACCAUCCGGUUUGGAUCCUCUGUCACCGUUGAGCGAGGAACCGGAUCAGCUGUCUUCAUCGCCCUCAAGUACCUUCAUAACUUCCGCAAGAGGCCUCUCGUUUCUUACGUUUGUGAACGAGAGGUUUCAUAAGGAUUUUGGAUUGCUUGAUUGGUGUAGUCAAAAUACGAUUUGUCGAUGGGUGGAUGCUUUGGAGCGUGUUCGGGUUCACCCUCUUCCUCGGGUCACUGGCGAGGUUGUGGGCUGGUAUAAAGCGAAGAAUUUGGAAGAAGGGGGAGGGAUUUUUGAUAUAGGAGGUUUGGGUGUUCCAAGUGCUAAGUGCGAUGAAGAAGAUCAAACGGAAGAGAUUCAGAAGGCAAGCAACGAAGGGGGCAUCUCAUCGACAUCUUCCGGUGAUGAACAACUGGGGCCUGGGAGUGUAGAAGUAUUUAAACUGACAACUGACAUUGACAAUCAUCAGCAGACUCUGGUCACGGUUUUGGAAUUCGACUCGGGGGACGCAGAGAAGUGGGAGACACAAGACAGACAGAAGGUAUUAGCUGGAGGGCCAGGCGCUGAAAGUAAUGUUUGGUGUUCCGACUAG